AUGACUGAUCUCGAGCCGGUUGCUGAAGAAGAAGAGGCACAAUCUGAUGUGCCAACUAUUGUUGAAGAGGUCCAGAUAGAGGUUCCUAUUGUUAAGCAGGUUGCUGAUAUUCCGGAAAGUUAUAUUCCGUUUCUUGAUGCCUUCCAAGAGAUGAUGGGUUUUGCAAAAUAUUUGAAAGAGCUGUUGACAAAGAAGAGACCGAUCAAGCACGACACUGGUUCAGAAGAAAGAGGAUCCAGGGGCCUUUAUUAUUCCGUUGCUCGUAAUUUAUGUGAUAAUAGGGCUAGUAUUAACCUAAUGUCGCUUGCUAUAUAUAAGCAAUUGAGGUUGGGAAUGCCUAGGCCUACUACCAUGCGACUGCAGAUGGCUGAUAGAUCCAUAAAGAGGCCAGUUGGGGUUGUUGAUGAUGUGCUUGUUCGGGUUGGCGACUUCUUUCUAUCGGUAGAUUUUGUGAUUCUUGAUUGUGCGGUUGCUCGCGAUAUUCCUAUUAUUCUUGGGAGAUAUUUUCUUUCCAUGGGAAGGGCUCUUAUGGAUUCAGAGAAGAACGAGAUCAAAUUCCGUGUUAAUGAUGAAAAUGUGACAUUUCAGGACUGUAAAGGAAUGAAACUACCGAGUGCUUACAAGAGCAUUUCGAUUAUUGAUGCCAUUGAUGUAGAGACUGUUAAUUCUCUUGUAGGGUUGGGUUCCUACACUUACCAACCAAAGAAGCUGGAUCUUGAUCUUGAGAAUAGAACGACUCCCCCAGUGAAGCCAUCUAUUGUUGAACCACCUAAGCUUGAGCUUAAGAAGCUUCCUUCGCAUAUGAGGUAUGAGUUUCUUGGUCCAAAUAAUACUUUGCCAGUGAUUGUCUCUGCAUUGAUGAAUGAUGAGCAGACAAAGAGGCUGUUGGAGAUUUUGUGA